UAUACACUUACACUUACACAAACACUUGUGCUGCUCACUCUUCUCAUUUCUUAUCUUCUUUUCACUCCCAUCCAUCAUCAUGACCUCAACUACCACGCCACUCCUUCCAUGGAAGGUUCGCUUCGCCAUGUCCACCAUCUCUUCUCUUAUCUCCGCCUCUCACCGCUCCAAUGACACCGUUAACCGUCCUCUCUUCAACUUUUUUGAUAGAAAAACCUCUCCUAACCCCAACUUCAUCGACGGAGUUUCUUCCUCCGACAUCAUCGUGGACCCCACACGCGAUCUCUGGUUUCGCCUUUUUACCCCAAUCUCUGUCUCCGACACACCUCUCCCCGUCUUCGUGUAUUUUCACGGUGGCGGUUUUGCUUUGUUCUCUCCGGCAUCCAUCUCAUACAACGCUGUUUGUCGUUUAUUCUGUCGUUCGUUUUCAGCUAUUAUUGUAUCUGUUAAUUACCGUCUUGCCCCUGAGCAUCGUUUUCCUUCUCAAUACGAGGAUGGUUUGGAAAUCCUGAAGUACCUCGAUCAAAAUAGCAAUGUUUUAGGAAAAUCUGCUGACAUCACUAAAUGUUUCUUGUCGGGUGAUAGUGCGGGUGGAAAUUUAGCACAUCAUGUAGCGGUUCGGGCUUCGUUAGAAAAUUUUCAAGUUUUGAAAAUUAUUGGUUUGAUAUAA